GAGUUGGUGUGAAGUGAAGCAGCGGCUCCAGCAGCCUAUCGCAGCCGGCCUCCGAAGAGCUAAUGACGGCCUGGAGGCGGGGGCAGCGCGGCCCGCCGAAGCCUCACUCCCCCCGGGCUGCAGUCUGGGAUGGGAUCCAGCAGCGGACUGAGCGCCUCUUCACCCAGCCGGUGAAAUCUGAUCUACUCAGCAGCUCCUGCUUGGUUUCAGGAGAUUCCGGCCUGCUUCAGAUGGGAAUUGUUCUGAGAUCCGACCCAACCGUCCGGACCCAGCCGUCCGGAAGGCUGCGUCCCGUUUAACUCCGACAGCUCAGAGGAGAAGAUCCGGCUGGAGUUCAGUAGGAGCCAGGAGCAGGACAAAGGUUUGACCUGCUGAGGAGUUUGGGUCCAGCUCGGAAUGACCCGGUUCGGCACCCCGCAAAGCUGUGCGUAAAACCCGCUGUGCACCGGACAGGAAGUGAACUAAUUAUGAUCAAACCCUCGUUUCAAUAUCUGCUGUGAGCUGCAUGGACCACAGCCAAUCACCCACCGGAGGGCAGCUGCAGCCGCAGCAAGCAUGAUCCCCCCUCCAUCAUAAUUACCCUGACAUGCGCAAUCUGCACAGCGGCCGCCGAGCGCGCAGCCUAUUUCACCGACCCCGCUGGCCCUGAAGGCGCCCAGUCUGCGCUCCAUGCUCCGGCGGGAGGCGGCGAAGCGCGCAGCAUGUCCCGCCGAAAGCAAGCCAAGCCGCAGCAGCUCCGCUCCGAUGAGGAGGAAGAGGAGAGCCGGGGCGCAGCGCGCUGCGGGACGGUAGCUGUCGGCCUAACUGUGGAGGUUGGAGCAGGAAGCAGAAGAAGUGAGGAGACGCACAUCUGCGCCAGGUGUUGUGCUCAGUUCUUCACCUGGACUGAACUGAUGAGGCAUCAGGGAGUCUGCACAGAGGAGCCAAUGGUGCUGGUGGUGAAGGACGAUCUUCCUGAGGAUUCUCCAGUCGAGGGGUCCCCGCUUCCCAGCGUAGCGUCCAGCAACUCCUCAGCGGCAGAGUCCAUGGAUGCCGCCUUCGAGCUGACCAAUGACAAUGACAGUCUGGACCAAUUAGAAGAAAGGAGGGAUUGGGAUGACGAUCUGGAUCUGGAGGCGCCCAGCCCCCCUCCUCCUGACUCCUCUCAAGCGUCUGCAGCUGGCAGGAUGCCGGGGACCAACGUCACGCUGGAGAUCCUCCACAGCACCAGGGUGGCUGUGGCCCAGUUCUCCCAGGGGAUGAAGAGCAGCAGUCUGGGUGAGAAGGCCACUUCAGCAGCUAUCCCUGUAAUCCUGGAGCACCUGCUGGCUUUGCAGCAGCAACAGGUCCGUCAGCUGCAGCUCAUUGAGCAGAUCUGCAGCCAGGUCGCUGUCAUGAAGCCUCAGCCGACACAAGCAGCAUUAAACCCUGCUUCCAGGCCCGUGACUCUGGACUCCAACCUAGGAGUCAUCCCUCCUCCUAACCUGCCUCGGUCAGGAACCAUGCCCUCCUACAUUAAUAGACAGACUCCUGUGUCUUUACCCCCUGUGCUUGAAAAGCCACAAAGUCUCCCCUCACGCUCUUUCUGUGGAAAGUCCGCCUUGAUGUCCUCAUCCCCAGAAAGCUCCCCCCCUCCCAUUUGCAGUAGCAUGCUGCUUCCUUCCUGCAGUGACUCCAGCAGCAUCAGUAGCUCCUCCGGCUGUCUGCCACAGGCUGGCCUACUCAGCUCUUCCUCCAGCCUGCCGUUUCUACCUCAGAGCCCUCCCAGCGGCGUCAUCUUCCCCAACCCCCUGGCCAGCAUUGCAGCCACAGCCAACGCACUUGACCCCCUGUCAGCUCUCAUCAAGCAGCGGAAAGGCAAACUUCCCAACCUGUCUCUGUUUGAAGCAAAGGCCAGCCCAGAGGAACCCUUUUUCAAGCAUAAAUGUCGGUUCUGUGCCAAAGUGUUUGGUAGCGACAGUGCGCUGCAGAUCCACCUGCGCUCCCAUACAGGGGAGCGGCCCUUCAAAUGUAACAUCUGCGGCAACCGCUUCUCCACCAAGGGGAACCUAAAGGUGCACUUCCAGAGGCACAAAGAUAAGUAUCCUAAUGUCCAGAUGAACCCUUUCCCUGUGCCAGAGUAUCUGGACAAUGUGCCAACCAGCUCUGGGAUUCCCUACGGUAUGUCUGUCACUCCAGAAAAACCUGUCUCCUCGUGGUUGGACAGCAAGCCAUUGGUAGCAACUCUUCCUGCCACUCUAGCUCUCCCACUUUCCUCCACUAUCCCUAGAGUUGGAGGUUCUACUGACCCAGUAAAUGUACCAGCAUUAGUUAAGUCUCCCUACCAGGCAGCUCCUGGUGAAUGUGUGUCUGAUCCACCAAACCAGCGAGGCAUCCAGGCCAGUUUCUCUCCUGUUCCACAAACUGAUGCCUCCAAAAUACUGAAAACAGAUGAGGCCCAGCUGCCUCAAAGCCACACUUGGUCACCGAGGGCUGACCCAGUUGGUGAGAUACCCAGCCGGGCCAACACACCAGAACUCAACACCUCAGCAUCUUUUGCCUCCAGUUCUCCGCCUGUCUUACACCUCACAGAUUCUCUGCAAACUUCUGAAACCUUGAAGCUUCAGCAACUGGUGGAGAACAUCGACAAAAAAGUCAACGACCCCAACCAGUGCAUUUUGUGCCACCGCAUCCUCAGCUGUCAGAGCGCGCUCAGGAUGCACUACCGAGUCCACACUGGCGAGAGGCCCUUCAAGUGCAAAGCAUGCAGCCGGGCUUUCACCACCAAAGGGAACCUGAAGACCCAUGUGACUGUCCACAGAGAAACCCCUCCAGUUCAGGUCCAGCACUCAUGCCCAAUCUGUGAGAAGAAGUUCACCAACGCAGUGGCUUUGCAACAGCACAUCCGUCUGCACAUGGAUGGCCAGAUACCCGACACUGCCACGAUGGAGAGACUGCAGGACAUGGACAGCUACGAAAGUCUCAGUAGUAACGGCAAUGAACUCACCGAUGACUUCUCCAUGGACGAUGAGGAAGGGGAGGUAGAAAACAUGGAGGAGGGUAUUAAUCCACCUAAAUCCUUCAUUGUUGACUGCAGAUCUCCUCUAAAGUCUGUGUCCGUACUGUUAGGUGCAGCAGCCCUGAACAACCAACCGAGGACGGUUGACACCUCAGUGGGUCCAAACCACUGCUUCACUGAGAAAAUGCCUUUAGAUGGAGACAGCAGCCUGCUGAGUGCUGAUGGUGCUUCAUCAGAGAAAACUAUGGAAAACAGCCCCCAUGCAUCUGAAUCCUCCUGUUCUCCACAUGCACCAACAUCUCUUCCUCAAAGUGUCUCUGAAGGCCUGGCAAUCAGUCUCCUCCAGACCACUGACACUAGCAAGCCGGAGGAGCUUCUGACUGCUCCAGUGAUGAAGAGAGAGCAGUCUCCAAUAUCAGCACCAGUUCCAAGCAAAGCCUGGCUGAAGGACGAGAGUCAGUACAGCGUGUCCUUCCAGCUGAGCCGAGACAGAGCUACAGAUCAGAGCGUCUCCAACCUGAUCCACUGCUCAUCCUCCGGUUCCAUUAAAGCUGAAGUGAGCGGUCAGACUCAGCUGAACAGCAUGAUGGCCGCCUCUCUGCUCGGUCUUCCCCGGCGGACGCCCAAACAGCACAACUGCAAUGCCUGUGGGAAAAACUUCUCAUCAGCCAGCGCCCUGCAGAUCCACGAGCGCACGCACACCGGAGAGAAACCGUUCGUCUGCUCUGUCUGCGGGAGAGCAUUCACCACGAAGGGCAACCUGAAGGUCCACAUGGGGACCCACGUGUGGAGCGGCGGCCCGGCCCGGAGGGGCCGCCGGCUGUCGCUGGAGAAUCCGCUGGCGCUGCUGAGCGGAGAGGCCCUGGUGCUGCAGAAGGACCUGGCGAACCGGGCUGUGGACUCGGGGUUCUGGAACCGCUACGCCACGGCGAUCACCAGCAGCCUGGCCAUGAAGAGCAAUGAGAUCUCUGUGAUCCAGAAUCGACGCGUUGCUCAGCUCCACCCUCUGAGCAUCGCCGGCCCGAUUGCUGGACUCAACGGGACCGGAAUCGACCUGGGAAGCAACCGGCACUUUUCCAUGCUGAUUGACGACGGAAAAGAAAUUGGAAUCAAUUAAAAAUGAACUGAGUGCUGAAAAAAACUCUUAUGCAAAUUAUUCUAAACAUUAAAACUUUUGUCCAUCAUCUUUUAAAUACUUGGUUUCAGAGCAGAAUGCGCUGCAGUCAUGUUCCUGAGAAUCCCUUCAGAGCUGCACACUGCUGCUCAGCUGGCUGGUGCAAAGCACACGCUGCAUUCAAACACAUCUGUUGUCCACUUUAUGAUGAGACUGUGUCUGAGUCUGAAAUGAAUAAAAACAUUAACACGG